CUCUCCUUGAGCCGUCACCUUAUCGUGGUGGAGGGGUUUGUGUGUCCCAAUGAUCCUGGGAGCUAAGUUGUCUGGGGCUUCAUGCCCCUGGUAGGGUCACCCAUGGCAAACAGGUCCUGGGUGAGGGACGAGACAAAGCACGGCUUUUUGGCCCCUAUGACGAACAAAAUAUAUGGAUCUAGGUUUCCCUUGCCCGGACGCGGGUCACCGGGGCCCCCCUCUGGAUCUAGGCCUGGAGGUGGGGCUCAAAGGCGAGCGCCUGGUGGCCGGGCCUGCACCCAUGGGGCCCGGCAGGGCAAAGCCCAAAAGGGUAACGUGGGUCCCCCUUCCCAUGGGCUCACCACCUGUGGGAGGGGCCAUUGGGGUUGGGUGCAGUGUGAGCUGGGUGGUGGCCGAAGGCGGGGACCUUAGCGAUCCGAUCCCCGGCUACAGAAGCUGACUCUAGUGACGUGGAAUGUCACCUUUCUGGCAGGGAAGGAGCCCGAGCUGGUGUGUGAGGUUGAGAAGUUCAGACUAGAUAUCGGGCUCGCCUCCACACACGGCUUGGGCUCUGAUACCAGUCCUCUUGAGAGGGGUUGGACUAUUUUCCACUCUGGAGUUGUCCGCGGUGAGAGGCGAUAAGCAGGUGUGGGUAUACUUAUUGGCCCUUGGCUCAGCGCCUGUACGUUGGGGUUCACCCCGGUGGACAAGAGGGGAGCCUCCCUCCGCCUUCGGGUGGGGGGAGAGGUCCUGACUGUUAUUUGUGCCUAUGCACCAAACAGCAGUUCAGAGUACCCAACCUUUUUGGAGUCCUUAGAGGGGGUGGAUGAGAUUUGCCCGGAGUUCCUUAAGGCUCUGGAUGUUGAAGGGCUGUCCUGGUUGACACGCCUCUGCAACAUCGCGUGGACAUCGGGGACAGUGCCUCUGGAUUGGCAGACUGUGGUGGUGGUCCACCUUUUUAAGAAGGGGGACCGGAGGGUGUGUUCCAACUACAGGGGGAUCACACUCCUCAGCCUCCCUGGUAAGGUCUAUUCAGAGGGGCUGGAGAGGAGGGUCCGUCGGGAAGUCGAAUUUCAGAUUCAGGAGGAGCAGUGUGGUUUUCGUCCUGGCCGUGGAACAGUGGACCAGCUCUACACCCUCGGCAGGGUCCUCGAGAGUGCAUGGGAGUUUGCCAAACAGUCUACAUAUGUUUUGUGGACUUGGAGAAGGGGUUCGACCGUGUCCCUCGUGGAGUCCUGUUGGGGGUGCUUCGGGAGUAUGGGGUACCGAACCCCCUGCUACGGGCUGUUCGGUCUCUGUACGACCGGUGUCAGAGUUUGGUACGCAUUGCCGGCAGUCAGUCGGACUCAUUUCCAGUGAGGGUUGGACUCGGCAAGGCUGCCCUUUGUCACCGCAGAUGAUGUGGUUCUGUUGGCUUCAUCAGGCCGUGAUCUCCAACUCUCACUGGAGCGGUUCGCAGCCGAGUGUGAAGCGGCUGGGAUGAGAAUCAGCACCUCUAAAUCUGAGACCAUGGUCCUUAGUCAGAAAAGGGUGGAGUGCCCUCUCCAGGUCGGCAAUGAGAUCCUUCCCCAAGUGGAGGAGUUCAAAUAUCUUGGGGUCUUGUUCACGAGUGAGGGAAGAAUGGAACGGGAGAUCGACAGGCGGAUCAGUGCAGCGUCUGCUGUGAUGCGGACUUUGUAUCGGUCUGUUGUGGUGAAGAAGGAGCUAAGCCGAAAGGCGAAGCUCUCAAUUUACCGGUCGAUCUACGUUCCUACCCUCACCUAUGGUCACGACCCACAGCUCGUGACGAUAGCUGACCAAUACUGAAAGAACAAGAUCCCAGAUACAAGCGGCCAAAAUGAGUUUCUCCGCAGGCUUCUCCCUCAGAGAUAAGGUGAGAAGCUUGGUCAUCCAGGAGGGGCUCAGAAUAGAGCCGCUGCUCCUCCGCAUUGAGAGGAGCCAGAUGAGGUGGCUCGGGCAUCUGUUUAGGAUGCCUCCUGGACGCCUCCCCAGUGAGGUGUUCCGGGCACGUCCCAACGGGAGGAGACCCCGGGGACGACCCAGGAUACGCUGGAGAGACUACGUCUAUCGGCUGGCCUGGGAAUGCCUCGGGAUCCCCUCGGAAGAGCUAGAGGAAGUGGCUGGGGAGAGGGAAAUCUGGUCUUCCCUGCUGAGGCUGCUGCCCCCACGACCCGACCUCGGAUAAGCUGAAGACAAUGGAUGAUGGAUGGUAUACUAUAUAUGGUCCCUUUGGAGAACUUGACGGCAAUGAGGAUAACACUCUUGACAACCUGAGCCUCUCUGGAGAGGAGGCAGAGGCCUCAGACCAAGAUGAUUCCGCAGAAGGUGACAGCAGUAGUCCACCGCCCUACACACCGCCGUACAAUAAAGCCAUCAGACACCUCCUUCUACGGAGAUCAUUGUCUCGCUGGAGGGCUACAUGCAUCCAUGAUCCGUGAUUCGCUGCGCAAGCCGAGGAAGGAGGACAUUCAUGGAGACCCUGAUGAGGGUGAUGAAGAUGGGGAAGCGCAACGUCUGGGACAUAGUAGUGGUAAAGAGGAAGAUGAGAGGGAGGAAGAGGAUGGCGUAUUACAGUGGAAAGGUCCAGAUGAGCUGGAACUCAGUAAUGAAGGCAUUGGCAGAAAGAUCAUCGCUCGCAGGGACCUCCAUGCAGACACAGUUUGGGGACCCUACCCUGGGAGUCUCCAGUCAAACAGCAGAACAGAUGAUGGGGCAUCAGAGAAUUCCAGUUGGACCUUGGUGUGUGAGGAUCCAGAUUGUUGGAUUACCUGUCUUACUUUGACCACUGACCCAAAAGAUGCCAACUGUACCAUCUACAGUCAAGGUGAAGAGUUAUUCUGUAAGGUGACCAGGGACAUUUUUGUGGCAGAAAGGCUCGUGGUUGCCCUUUUGCUUUCUCAAAAGCCCCCCUCCCCUAUCGCCAGGGGUUCACCUCUUCUCAACAUUGUCACCCCAAAAACAUCUGCGGUAAAGGAGGAGCCACCGUAUCCUGCAGCCCUCCACACAGACAUCCAGCUCCUCCCACAGCAAGCCGGCAUGGCUGCAAUCUUGGCUACUGCUGUUGUCAAUAAGGACAUUUUCCCGUGCAAAGACUGUGGGAUUUGGUACAGAAGUGAAAGGAACCUGCAAGCCCACCUCAUGUACUACUGUGCCAGCCGACAGAAACAGCCGGCUGCGGCGUCAUCCCCACCGCAAGACAAACCUAAAGAGUCCUAUCCCAAUGAACGCAUAUGCCCCUUUCCUCAGUGUAACAAGAGCUGCCCCAGCGCAAGUUCACUGGAGAUUCACAUGCGUACACAUAGCGGUGAGCGGCCAUUUGUCUGCCUCAUCUGUCUGUCGGCCUUCACCACCAAAGCAAACUGUGAGCGCCAUUUGAAGGUCCACACUGACACAUUGAACGGGGUGUGUCAUGGCUGUGGCUUCGUCUCAACCACGAGGGAUAUUCUCUACAGCCAUUUGGUUACGAGCCACAUGGUUUGCCAGCCUGGAUCCCAUAGUGAGGUCUGUUCCCCAGGGCCAGGCCUGCCUAAAUUGCCCAUGUCCACUGUUCUCAGCCCAGGAGACUCUGGUGUGGUGCUGAAGUGUCAAGUCUGCGGUCACAACUCUGAUUCCCCUUCCCAGUUGCAGCAGCAUGUACGAACCCACCUGGAAGUGAGAGUCCCCACUGAAAGGAGUCCCACCCCUCGUCAAAGUACCCCAUCAUCUGUCGACCAGCUUCAGCCAUCUACACCAGAGGGUGAGCCGCUAGGCUGUGUCCCUAAGUCAGAUUCCUCCAGCCCAGGUGCUAACGGGGGCUCUGCCACUCCACGUGGCUCCAGUCCUCCUGAUGCCCAAACCACCACCCUAAGAAUCAAAGAAGAGCCUCGCUCAGAAUCUGAGACAGAAGAACAUCAGAUGGACUUUAAGGAGGAUGGCGAGGAGGUUGACCAGAAAGCAGAGGGGAAGUCAAAGGAGAGGCAAACUACCAACUUCAUUUGUCAGACAUCAAAUUCUCCAAAGAGUCCUGCCACUCCAGCAGUAAAAGCAGAACCAACAAGUCCCACUCCUGGUUGUAGCCCAAGUCAUAUAGGUGGUGCUGGCUCAGUUUUCCCUGGUGGAUCCAUUUUUUUGCCUCAGUACUUGUUUAACCCUGAAACAGCCAUUAUGCCUCAGGCCUCAGAGAUCCUGGCUAAAAUGUCCGAGAUGGUUCACAGCCGUCUGAAACAGGGCCAGACAAUUCCUCAAAAUAACGCAGCCACCCUUUUCCCCUCUGCACCAACUGUACCAACCGCCACAGCAACUCCUCUUAAAGGCGCUACCUGCUUUGAGUGUGAUAUUACAUUUAACAACAUAAACAAUUUCUAUGUACACAAGAGGCUUUACUGCUCCAGUAGGCACCACGGAGAAAGUGCAACUUCAGCUUCAGGCCCUGGAUCAGCGAGAGAUACUUCCCCAGCCACUGUGCUAUCCAGCAAGGCACAAGAUUCAUCAGCAUCUCCUCAUGAUGGCGCAGUGAGCAGAGCAGCCUCCACCUCUCCGCCUGAAUCCGAACCUGCUGCAGAUAGUGGAGCUGCAGAAUCCAAGAGAGUAUUGGUGAAGACAGAAACUCCUACAGGCAGGGAAGGAGUAUCAUCCUCUUCAGAAGGGGAGGGUGUGGGCAGUAGAGGACGAGCAAGUGAAGGUAGCCAGAGCCCCGCCAGUGGGUCAGCUGAAGACCUGGAUGAUGAUCCCAGCCGAACCUUUUGUGAGGCCUGCAACAUUCGCUUCAGUCGUCACGAAAACUACACUGUUCACAAACGCUUCUACUGUGCAUCACGCCAUGACCCAUCCAACCAGCGAGCCAUACAUAUGGCAAAGGCAACCACCAUAGCAGCCUUCCAUCCUCAGCCCAUUCGUACACGCAAGAGGAAGAAGAUGUAUGAAAUUCAUAUGGCGCGAACAAAAGCCUUAGAAGCGGCUGCCGCCGCUGCCGCUUCCGCUCCAUCGCCUUCUGUACUUGGCCUGGCAGUGAAACAAGAGGUUUCUCCUAGUGGUACAGGCAGCUCUAGCCCUGAAGGUGAUGGUCCAAUAGAUCUGAGCAAGAGGCCCCGCCUCAAAGAAGUUCGUCAGCAUGGUACCAGCAGUAUUCUUCCUGCCUUGCCGCUCACUGAUUACCAUAAGUGCACCGCCUGCAGUAUCAGCUUCAACAGCAUUGAGAAUUACUUGGCUCAUAAAACCUACUAUUGCCCUGCCACCACACUCCAACAGCAUACCUUAGAGCAGCUCCACAGGCUCAAAAGAUCAGCUUCUACCUCUCCGAAAAGCAAGGAGUGCCAAGAUCUUCUUCGUCCUAUGGAAUCUAAAGCUCUCCCCGCAGAUUGGGUGACACAGGCACAAGGCUCGUCAACCAGUCCUCACACCUCAGCUUUAACGGCCUCUGAUGCCACAUCUCCUCCUGAUGCAAUAAGCACACUUGCGGCCGCCCCAAAAGCAGGUGCCACAGGCGUCAGCACGGCUUCUUCUUCUCAGAUGGUCUGUCCAUAUUGCCCUAAUAGACCCAUCACAUGUGACCUAAUGGAGCACUUCAAGGCUAUACAUGGCCUGGUUGUAUCUAUUCAGUCGCCUCAAGAGGCUCAACCCCAGUCAGGCAGCAGAGUUAGUCCCAGCCCAAGCCUUAGUCCGAGAGACGGAGUCACAGCCACCACCUCCAGUAGCCCAAGUGGCACGUCAAAAUUGGUCCCUCACAUUCACAGAGAUAGUAUUAAUGGGCAGGCAAGGAGAGACACCACUUCUCCCUCCUCCCCUCUGAUAAAUGGCAGCCCAUCAGGUGAGGGUAGAUCACCGUCAGCCGGUUCACCUCAACCCGUUUCCCCCUCAAGGGCUCCCCUUCUGAGUUUGUCACCCGUGCCUGACCACCGAAGAGAAACAGUCGGGAUAUCGCACCUUCCAGACAAGACUUCACCGACUGUUGCCUCCCAUGCCCUCCCUGCACCCCUACCUGCCCCCAUCCCCGGUCCCAAAACCCCAGUCAUCUCCCUGGUCCAGAACGGUAACUCCCGCUACUGUAGGCUGUGCAAUAUUAAGUUCAGCAGCCUCUCUACAUUCAUAGCUCAUAAAAAAUACUACUGUUCCUCCCACAGUGCUGAGCAUGUCAAGUGAGCUGAGAAAUUCACCUUCUCCUCUUUCUCCUUCCCUCCUUUUAUCUGACUGAGUAGACUCCUCAAUCAGCUCCCAUGCACCCUUUCUGCUGCCAGUCUUCGCAGGCAGGUGCCAAAGUUGCACUCAGUUGGCAUGACCAUUAAUCUCAGUAAAUGGCUGUUACUCAUCAGCAGGGCCUGGUGUCCAUUUGCUCCUGAGCAGAAUUUGCCAGUGAUGUUACUCAAUAAUUAUUCCUCUCCCAUGGGUCAACAGCACUGUGAGCUGAGAGUGAUCCUACCUGUUUGUCUACCUGCACACUCAAGUGUGCCUCAAACCCUAGGUCAUUGUCUUGUCCCAAAUUAAACACCAACCAAUUCUCAAUAUUUUGCAUUGUGGGACGUUAAAAAAAAUGUGUGAUCAAUCUCAUUCUGUCUUUGCUGAACUAAGUUGUUGAUAAAAGCAGCAAUUACACUCUGACAGUUGACUGAUGACGAUCAUAGCGUAACGAUGAUGCUGAUUAUGGCAAAUCUCGUCUUUUCAUGUUGAUCCAGACAUAACAGAGGAAUAAUCUCUUGCGUGGAAAAGACUUGAUCAUGUGUAAUGUUUUUAUUAUCUGUGCAUAGUCUACGAUGUCUAAAAAAGAAUUCUAUAAUACAUUUGGUUUCAACACUGGCUCUUUUAUGCUUACUAGAAGAAGCUAAGGUAUUUUUUUGCUUAAAAAAAAGAAAAACAAUAUGUGGUAUGAAAUGUGACUAAUUAAUGAAGGAUAUUUCAAAAUUGACAUUUUUUUCUUUCACACAAAUGUGUUUUUAUUUUCUCUUCAAAUGCAAGGGACAGACAAAUGUGAAAUAUUUAUCUUGUAGUCCUCACUGAUUUCAUGUCAACAGAAAACUACCUACAUAAUGUGUAAGAGUAUUUUUUAUUUGUUAUUUGCUUUGUUUUCCUACUGUUAGAAAGAUCUGUGUGGCUCUCAGUGUGUUGAAGUGUUUUUGUGUAGAUAUCUAAUAUCUUCUCACUGAGACUAAACAUUUCAUCUGUUCUUGUUUCUGUUGGUGACAAAAAUCUGAUUUGAUUACUCUACAUGUGGAUUAGCAGCACCAGUUGAUCCAAUCGUCACUCAUGGCUUCAAAGAGUAUUUUGGACACAGCUGCUUACAGUAUAUAAUGUGAUAGCAAUGAAGUCGCUGUCCAAAGCUAUACAACAUCUACAGUAUAAUAUAAUUCUGGCUUUAUUUACAGUACCUGUAUCUUUUGACCUCAAAGAGCCCACACUUUUGCUUUUUUUCUUUGUCUGUUUAGUGUAAUAUGAAGUGAUCGACAUCAAUCCAUUCCAUUCAAUAUGCAUUCAAUAUUUUUGUUUUCUUUUUUUUUUUGUAACAAUGAUUGUUUCUGUUCGGCUAAGGAAUUGUCAAGUAGUGAAGUGUCAUUAUAGGACCGCAUGCACUUCAGGUGCCCACAUUUCUUUCUUCUCAUCUCUAAGUAAUAAUGUCCUAAUCAUACCUCCCGAUUUCAAGCAACAAGAUUAAAUGUAUGUUUCAUGUCUGUGCACCCCACUCUCAUUUUAGCGCCGAAUAAAUCUAAAGCUGCUAAAUGUUCUAUUGGGUACAUAUAGCUCAGCUGGUUGCCACUCAGUUGAAUAAACAAAAUCAUUGAAACCACCUCAUGGAAAAGAAAGAUUCACAUAGUUCACUGGGAUAGGAGUAAGGUGAUUUUGCCACUUUCAGGUAUAUUCUGGUUGUUGUGAUUUAUCUUAAUCUUAUGAGCUCACACCUGCACUGGUGAAAAAUAUAAUGUUGUCUGUUGGGAAUAUGCGAUGUUGGUCUGAGACUAAAACUAGAGCCCAAUUGUAAGGAUUUUUUCCACUUGGUUAAUUUUCUGCUUUGCUGCAUUCCAUCCAUUUGAUUUAAAAUAUUUAUAUAAAGUCCAACCAAACCUCUAAUCGAUUUUUAACAUCUUUUUACCUUAAUACAUUAUGUACACUAAAAUUACUUAGCAUUACAGAGAGACAGCUCAGACAGAGUCAGAAUCUUGUCAGAUUGUGAAGUGCCAGAAUUAUUAUUAUUUUUUUUUUUUGUGGGUCUUCCCAUUUUAUUGCACUGUGUUGUUUAAAAUGUGUUAUUUUAGGGAUUUUUUUCUGUAACUGUAUUUAUUUUAUACAGCACUUUUCCCCGUCAACAGAAAUGAUUCAUUCUUGUUCUAUUGUGAAGGACCCUCCCACUUUAUUUUUCCUCAGAUGUAGAAAACCACAAUGAAUGUCAAAAGCUGUAUUUUUUAUUUUCAUAUAUUUCAUUUCCACUACAAGCUUGUCCAAACUAUGCAUGGGAAAUAAAAAUAAUAAUAAAUUGC